AUGAUGCAACUACUAACUCGUUGUUGUGUUCCGUUGAAUACCAGAACCAGAUGGAUUCAGGAUGAAAUCGUAGAGGGAGACAAUUUGAUUAAGAUCAUUCAACUGGCCAAACACUCCCAGAAAACCAAGAAAUUCGUCAAGGAACGCCAUUGGGAUUUUAUAGCUAUUGAAGCAAACCAACGCGACCGUUACAUCUGUGACUAUCUCGUCUACAACCCGUCCGGUGGCACUCGUCAACUCAUUCUCUACCUCAUGAAUCUUUUCUCCAUCCCCCAUCUGGAAGCCAUCAAAUUCAUGGAUCCUCAACGAGAUAUUCGAGAUUUCUGCAACUUCAACGGAAUCUACAAGGCUUCUCGAGUCUUUAUCGGGAAGGAAAAUAUGACAAAAGCAGAAUUGGAUUAUAUUAAAGACACAUUUACCUAUAUCGAUUUGAUGUGUUUUCAUACGGAACCGCCGAAAGCUUAUGAGCUAUGGCCGAUGAAUUAUCGAUUGGUUUCUUUGGCUAACAAGGUGAAGUUGUCGUGGCGUCACUUAAAAGAAAUGGGAUGCCAGAAUCUCGAUCUCCGUCGUGCAAACCUAUCCGGUAUGGAGCUCCAUAAUUAUAUCAGGUACUGGAUAGCCACCGACGAGCCGAGUAACUUGGAAUCUAUAUUUAUCCGGAAAUUCGCUCGAUAUCAACACCGUCAUGUACUCAAAGGUCUCCCUGUAUUCCCAUGGAACCCUAACUCGAGAUCUAGAUUCUUCAAGUUCUUCCUGGAUUUCUCUUGGGAUUGCUCCAAGGGAUUUGAUAUAAUCCGUCGGGAUGGACUACUUGCAACAAUUGGAUGUAUGGAGAAUCAUUGUGUAUUCCUUGUGUGGAAGGAGAGAUUUCAUGAGAUUCCGGAGAAUUAUGAAUGUUAUGAGGCGUGGACAGUGAAGUCGUUUUCGAUGUAUUGA